AUGACUGACCAUACUCCACCAUCCACCAGGAGAGAAGUACUCGAACUACUAUCCCUACAAUCACGGAUCGGGAGUCGCCCACCACGGCCGACGCUGCCGCGCCCAACCUCCACCGCGGCCGACUGCCUCCACGCGAAUUCCCUUGCGAGGCUCUCUGGCGACCACACCGCCUACUCCAGAGGCGAGGAGCUUGCCGGCGUCCAGCUCCUCAAGGAGAAGCGCGCUCCACCGCCGACGCUGCCGCGCCCAAAUCCCACCGCGGCCGACCGCCUCUGCUCUCUCGAUGGGGAUCCGCUGCGGCAGUGCCAGGACGUUCACCAUCGCCACCGCAGUCUGUUCACCGCGGACGCCACAUGCCUGCACCCCACGGCCGGCCACCGCGCGUCUGGAGCGCGCUCUUCCGCCUAUUCCCAAUGUGUCGCCGCCGGCUCACCCGAGCGCGCCGCUGAUGGCCUUCGGUGCUAUUGCAGGCACCAAGACCGUCGCUGUGCUGGAGAGAAGUACUCGAACUACUAUCCCUACAAUCACGGAUCGGGAGUCGCCCACCACGGCCGACGCUGCCGCGCCCAACCUCCACCGCGGCCGACUGCCUCCACGCGAAUUCCCUUGCGAGGCUCUCUGGCGACCACACCGCCUACUCCAGAGGCGAGGAGCUUGCCGGCGUCCAGCUCCUCAAGGAGAAGCGCGCUCCACCGCCGACGCUGCCGCGCCCAAAUCCCACCGCGGCCGACCGCCUCUGCUCUCUCGAUGGGGAUCCGCUGCGGCAGUGCCAGGACGUUCACCAUCGCCACCGCAGUCUGUUCACCGCGGACGCCACAUGCCUGCACCCCACGGCCGGCCACCGCGCGUCUGGAGCGCGCUCUUCCGCCUAUUCCCAGUGUGUCGCCGCCGGCUCACCCGAGCGUGCCGCUGAUGGCCUUCGGUGCUAUCGCAGGCACCAAGACCGUCGCUGUGCUGGUAAGUCCUCUCCCCCAGCUGGCGUAGCGCCCGGUUCUACUAUCUCUCUUCCAUGUCGUUGCAACACGGUCUCUCCUCUGUCGUUGCUGCUGCCGCCACCGUGUUUCUCCUUCCUGCUUCUGCCACUG